AUGGUGCCGAAUGGGUUGGAGUCAAGCCAUUCAGAACAGUUAGCAACUUUCAACUUUCCGCUGGCUGGCCUGUCUCUCCUUCUUGCUGGCUUUGUGCUGCCAGUCAAUAGCCUGACUUGCUUGGUGCUUGCACGUAGCCGUCGACAGCCGUCCACCACUGAUGCCUAUAUUUUAUUACUUGCAGCUUGUGGUUGCUUAGCCAGCCUAAGCCAGCCAGUUAGACUGGUUGGUUCGGUGGCCACCUCAUCAGUUAAUGUUACCUGCUGGCUGUCAGGCCUGAUGCUAGAAGUUAGUCUUGCAAUAAAUGGAAUAGCUGUGGCAUGCAUGACAUUCGACGGUUACCAGACUGUGGUAACGCCAUUGCGGCCAGGCGCUCAAUGUGCUCAGCCCACUCUUCUUGUUGCAAUUAUUCUUGCUGGCAGUCUACUUGCCGGACCGAUGGCUUUUUUCUAUUCUAUUAUACAAAAAAGACUCCAACCGCUAUCUAAUAGUAACGAAACAGCCAUGGUGAGACCUACCAGCGCAUGGUCCAUUUGUCAGCUGGUUGGGGUCCAUGGCAAUGCUUUGGAUACUUACCUAGCCCUUGAGAGCCUGCUCACUCUUCUGGUGCCGGCGGUGAUUGCUAUUGCCAGUUUAGUCUGCACGAGCAGAUUUAUCUGGAAUUUGAAGGGCGAAUCAUGUGGUCAGACAUUAUGUCCAAGACUGCGCUUGCAAAGAACAGUUAAUAUGGUCUCACGAAGGAAAAUCAAAGGAUUUCUUAUCCAUUUAAGCCUGGCAGUAGUGGACGGAUUCGGGUUGGCCUGUGCUCAUACUCUCCAAAUCUACAUGGCUAUAGAAUAUACGAAGGCAGGUCAAAAUGAAGUCAACAAUCUGGAAGUAGAAAACGAGAAGAGUAUGGAUUUACUCAGCUUGAGGACAGCUGUCUACCUAGCGGACAAUAUUUUUAGAUUCGCUUGCUGUCUUCGGCUGAAUGCCAAUUUCCGCCGGGCCUAUUGUGAGGUGGCAGUCUGCUUGAGAACUGGCUAUCGUAGUGAGCCCUAUGCUGUGACUCGUGGAGUCAUGCUGAGUAAGAGGAAUCACGUUGGAACCAUGAACUUUGUUAAUCUAACAUGCGAAGUCCCUAAGCCAACCUGGAGCAUAGAGAACGACUAUGGCAGAGCGAUGAGGAUGGAGAUAUCGGAGAGGAAAUGA